UGUGAGUCAAGUGAAUAGUUGCUAUUUUUUUACUUAAUACAAUAUGAAGAGUUUAAUAGUGCUAUAUUUUAUUCUAUAUGUAUACACUGUUGCGAGUAAUGAAUAUUUAAAAUGCUUGGUUUGCAGAUCCACCAUAAAAGAAAUUAAAGGUGAAUUAGCAAAAGUUGAUCCUUCAAGAGAAAUUGAAAUAGGUAGUUACAUAGUAGACGCACAGGGAAAUUCUAUUCAGAAGAAGAUACCCCUUGUUCAAUCUGAAGUAUACAUAUCCGAUGUGUUGGACAUUAUUUGUGAGAAAAUGUCAGACUAUGUAAGAGCAACCAAUAAAUCAAAUGGUCGACUGACAAUCAUAAAUCUAAUGGGUCCCUCUGGUACUAUGAAUCGUGAAAUGGCUGAAGUUGAUAUUAUUCAAGAUGGUGAUUUAAAUAGAAGUCUAAAAUUUUAUUGUGAAAGUGUAGUGGGAGAACAUGAAGAUGCUAUAAUUUCAUUAUUUACUCGUAAAGAAGAUAAUAUCGAACACCAGAUGUGCACAAAUAUUGCAAAGCUCUGUAACCACACAGACUUUGCUGAUGAAGAUGAUGAAGAUAUUGAGCAAGGCACAGAUGUGGAACAUGAGGAAUUAUAAUAUUAUACAGAAAAGAAAACUGAUACACUUGUGUCAAUAAA